AUGUUAUUUUUUAUAUGCGUUUGUCUUCUUGUCUAUAUUCCACAUACAUCCAUUCAAGAUGUAUCAAUACCAACAAAAACUCAUCAGUAUCCAUUACGACGAACAGUAACACCUAAUAAUACAGAAGCUAUUGAAAAUCUUAUUCGUUGGUUAACUGAACAACAAUAUCAAUAUGAAAUAGCAUAUUAUGCAUUAAGAUUAAAUAAUGUUUUUCCAAAUUUUGCGAAAUUAUUUCAUGAACGAAGUGAACAAAAAUUUAGUGAUGUCAAAGGUCUUAUUCGUCUUAGUCAAUUACUUAAUCUGGAUGUUAAUUUAAAAUUUAUAUCAUCAAGUUCAGUUAAUCGACCAAUUCGUUUUUUAUCACCCGAUCGAAUAAAUAAAACAAAUUUUGUCGAAUUUUUUUCUAUUUUAAAAAGCCAAGAAUGUGAAACAACAUUUACUCAAUUAUCAAGUGUAUAUCGGCAAGCAAUAAGUAUGACUGCUUCAAUACAAAUUUAUUUAAAAGAAAAACUUUUAAUGAGACAAAUUUUAACAUGUAAAUUAACAUCUGAUCUUUAUGUUAAACUUGAUCGUUUUAUUAAACCAAGUUCAAAUGAUCGUUCUAUUCCAUUUUCAUUAAUGUUUGUUGAUUCUCGAGCUAAACUUAUGUGA